AGAGAGAGAGAGAGAGUGUGUGUGUGUGUGUGUGUGUGUGUGUGUGUGUUUGACAGCCAAGAUAAAAGUGAGAGGACAGCAGCAUCUGAAACAAGAGAACAAUAGAACAAUGGAGCCACAAGAGAUCAGAGAGGGGUACUUGGUGAAAAAGGGUACCGUGCUGAACUCCUGGAGUGCAGUGUGGGCGGUGCUGUCAGACGACGGGUUGGAGUUCUAUAAAAAGAAAACAGACCGCUCCCCAAAAGGAAUGAUCCCGCUAAAGGGAGCAGCGCUCGUCAGCCCUUGUCAGGAUUUCAGCAAGAGGAUGCUGGUGUUCAAGAUCACCACGGAGAAGAAGCAGGAUCACUUCUUCCAAGCUUCACACGUGGAGGAGAGAGAGGCUUGGGUCAAGGACAUCAAAAGAGCCAUCGACUGUCUGCGAGGGGGGAAGAAGUUCGCACGGCGGUCCACGAGACGCUCCAUCCGCCUUCCUGAAAAAGUCAACCUCAAUGAGCUGUACGUGCUGAUGAAAGACCAGGACGACGGAGUGAAGGAGUUAAAACUGGAACAGGAAAAUCGAGUCUUCAACCACUGCUUCACCGGUGCAACAGUGGUGGAGUGGUUGAUUUCAAAGGCGAAAGCAAGGAAUAGACCUGAGGCUCUCUUGUUAGCGACAGGACUUCUUAAUGAGGGCUUCCUUCAGCCUGCAGGUGACAUGUCCAAAGAGGGAGCUGAGAGUCCAGAGCAGUCGGUCUUCUUAGAUGACACCAAAGCUCUUUACUACUUUGCAGACAGCGGUUUCUUCUGUGAAGGUUACUCCAGUGACGAAGACGUGCUUCUGAAGGAGGAGUUCAGAGGGAACAUCGUAAAGCAGGGCUAUUUAGUCAAACAGGGCCAUCGGAGAAAAAACUGGAAGGUCCGAAAGUUCAUACUGCGUGACGACCCUGCUUAUAUUCAUUAUUAUGAUCCUACGAAGGAAGACGACCCUCUGGGCUCGGUCCACCUCCGUGGGGCUGUGGUCACAGCUGUGGAGUUUGUGCCUGAAGCCAAAAAACAUGACAUCGAUGGAAACCUCUUUGAGAUCAUCACCUCAGAUGAGACUCACUACUUCCUUCAAGCCGCAACAGCCGAAGAAAGAAAAGAGUGGAUCAAAGCAAUACAGGCAGUGUCAAAAAGUGGAAAAUAACAAGAGCAGUGGAGCAGCAGGGGAACAUCUGCCAGCCAGAGUUAUAAUAACUGAAUAACUGUAGUGCAUUUGUGCUGUUUUCUUUCUGCAUCAGCCAGUUUAUCCUUCCAUCCCUCACACCAUCAAAACAUAGAACAUCAUGUCCUUCUGCACAGUUUAAUUAGAAAUUCAAGUUUCAAGCUUUUUCAACAGAUUCCUGAUAAUAUCACAGCUCACAAACCAUGGCACAUGCAAUUAAAUUAGUGACGUCAACUGACCAAAAUUAAUCCGAACACAAUUAAUCCAAGAUUAAUCGCAUGGCUUGAGAACAUGAAAUCAAUAAGCAAAAAUCACAAAUUUAAUGUACAAAAUGGCUUUAUCUGAAUCUUUUAACUAAAAUGGAGCAGUUUCACAUCAGGAAACACUCACAAAUGUGGACUUCCAACCAUCCAAUAUUUUAAAUUUGAGCUGCCCAGUUCUCUUUUGGCAUUGAAUAAUCCAAAAUACAGGCGGCCGCAGAAGGCCAAUUUUAACAUUUUCAAGCUUAAAACAAAGAAUCUAAUCCUCAUAAUUCACCCAGAUUGCACAGGGAUGAAUAAAAAACAAUGACCCAAUGACAGUAAAAAAUAAGUUUUCUCUCUUAAUUAUUCUCUUUAAGCCACUUGCUGAAUGUAACCCUCAUUCUGCGAUAAUUACAAUUUGAAAGAAUCGAUUAUUGCCAGCCUUCCAUUAAUCAGUCUUGAUUAAUUUGAUUCAAACUGACAGCACUAAUUUAAAUGUAUCUAUAUAAACAGACAUAUGCAGGAUUAUGAACAUGUGAAGCAGAUACGGACAGCUACUCCAUGGCUUAGUAAGUAACAGAAGUAAAAUGGAUUUGUGAGACUACCUGAAAGGCUAAAAGGAAGUAAAAGCCAAACCGAAGAAAAAGAAACUCUUUUCUUCUCUGUUUUGGUAUUUUCUUUCUUUUUCUUGUGGUGUGAAACUUAUUAUUUUAACCGUUCUACUGUGGUUUCUGUGUUUCAAAAGUUCAAUACUUCCAAGUAUCAUAUGAGAAACACCCACAUCCUGUGUGUGCGUGUGUGUGUGUGUGUGCGCGCGCGCGCGUGCGUAUGUGUGUGUGUGUGUGACUGAUCAGUACAGCAUUCAACCAAAAACAUUACUCACAGCAGAACUGACAGGAUUCUAAGUUGCGCAACAUAUUGUCAUUACUAUUGUGUCAAAGUUGUCUUUGUUUUUUUGCAGUGAGUUUUUAUCCAAAGAAAUAGGAUUUGUUCAGUAUACAGGAAACAGUUUGUCUUGUCAACAGUCUCUUGUUCAUCUCCCGAAUUUUUUUCUCUAAAUGGGCAACAAAAUUCAAAAUGGCUUUUUUUUUUUUUUUUUUGAUGUAGCAGAAUUGGUCCGUCUUAACAUGUAUUACUUUUCAAUUAAAUUGUAAUUAAAUGCAGUUCCUGCAAAAAAUAGCAUUUCAUGCUGGAAAGAAAUUGACUGAACUGCUUCCAAUAUUUUAACACGGAUGAACACAGAAAAUCAGCCUGGAAGGUUUUCUUUUUUUUUCCCCACUAUUUUGCAAAUUCACAAAUUUGUCCGGUUGAUUGACGACACAAUUUGAUGACAAACCUGAGCACAAAGUAUGUUUGAUUUCUGCCUGUCAACACAGUUUUCUUUUAUAAAAGUGAAUGCUUUUUUUUUUACACAUUGACUUUUUUUCACCAAUCAGACAUGCUUUGACCAAUCAGCCACUUGAGACAGGAAGUCAGUGACAAUAUUUAGACUUAAUGGUCAUCGAGCAAUUACACUUCUCACCUUGUGAAGGGAUCCUUUAUGAAUGCAUUUCCCCUUUGACCAUUUAUAAAAGACAUGCACAAGCUGAACACAGCACAACCUUUUUGAUCAUUGCUUGGGUUUUCUUAUUGUAAAUGUAUAUUUCUGCUUCACUGUGUGUUGCUCCAGAAGGACUUGAAGAAAUGCCUCCGUGCAUGUGUGUGUGCAUGUAUCUUUCAACAGCUUUUUUUUUUCCCCCCCUUUCAACAGCUUUUCAUCACAUGUAAUCAGAGGAUUGCAGGUCAGGGUCAGUGGUUGCCAUGGACAGCAGUUUGAAACUCAGUGGUAUAUUGUGCUGUAAUAAUGACUCAUUCUUCAGAAACAAACAGACAAACGAUCAAUUUGAAAAAAUAUCUCAGCUGAUAGUAUUAGAUCGAAGCUGCAGAUAAAGCACUAUGGAUUUUUCACAUCUCUGUGAUGAUCUAUUAAAGCGAGGAGGUCAGAAAGACCGUUCCUGUUUGGUUGUCUCUCAAAUAUUGUCAACUCAAAAUGAAUGGCAGUCCACUGGAUUUAACAGAAAGCUGCUCGUCUUAGAGACAUGAGAGUGGCACCAUGUGAAAGAGAACAGAAACAAUCGCGUUUAAUAAGAAAUUUUCUUGCGUUUUAGUGACAAUUGUGGCCUCUAACAUCAUUUUUUUGAACACUGGUUGAUACUCUCAAGUAGAGAGUGUGAAAGAACUUAAAGUGUCAGGAAAACAGUAAUAAUAAUCAUGUUUGUAUCAAUAUUAAUAAUGAAAGUAAACACAGCAAUAGUGAUCGGUGUAUUACAUUAAAGUUAUUAUUUUACACUACUUGCAUGGUAAAGGUCAGACUGUGCCUGUUUUGUGUAUUUUACAGUUAAAACACAAGAGGGCAGUGCACAUCUGCUGAAAACUGCUUUCAUUUGUUGCAGCAGUCAAUUCACCACUAUGUGAAUGAUACGUGGAAACUAUAAGGAACACAUUUUUUCACUGUUUGGUUUGAUUUGAUGUGAUUUCAUGUCAUUUCUUGCAUGUUAAAUGUAAUAACUCUAUGGCUUAAAUAGUCAUUAAUAAUCUGAGUGUCCUUGUUUAAAGAUGCAGAGUAUUAACCAUGAUUACAUUAGUUAUAUUUAUUUGAUAGAAGAUAGAAGCACCGUCAUUUAAUGUAGUAUUGUCACAUUCCUUCAACUUCAGUUGUAAUUAUGUAAUUAUCAAACAAUAGCAUCUUAAUAUCGCUGAAAUAAGUUACAAAGUUGCACUUUUUUUAAUGGCACCUUCAUAUAAAAAUCCACAUUUUGCUCGUCAUUUAUAUUUGUGAUAUGCACAGUGUUAUGGAAAAGCUGUUUUGGAUCACAGAAAACAAAACAGACACUGACAAAUAGUUCUAAAUCGACAUGUAAAGACCACAAAACAAAAUAAAUAAUUCAAUGAAAACGCAUUAUUGUCGCUGUGUAAGACCAGUAAAGGAGAGGUGGAGGCAGAUAAAACACAUCACAAAGACGCAAACGUUUUCAAUAAAGGUGCGAAACAUUUGAUCUGCUAGAUGGGAGAAAAGCAGCCCACGCACUUCACAUCAUUUCGGCAGAGCUGACACGUGAGUGGGUAUGUAUAUAGUACAGCUACCAAAGCAACGACUGAAAGAACAAUAAGUAAGCAACAACAAUAACACAAUUUAGAUUUUCAGUUCCCAUAAAGUUGGUGUAGUGUGUUAAAUGUGGAAAAAAAACUGAAACAAAGAUUCAUCAGACCUCAAAACACUUCUUCAGUUCUCAGAACUUGUCUUGAUUGUUUUCACAAAUACCGUCUUCUUUGUUAAAUCAUUUUUAACCAGCAUUUCUGGAUUGCAUGGUAACAUCUGUGCCCAGACCGUGAUUCUGGAAGAGCCCACAUGGUUAGGUGCAGCAGGGAAUCAUUUCUGCUUUAACAUCAGUGUUGCUGGAAGCCUCGAGGAUCCUCAAACAUCUGUCAAAACAUCAUCCUUCAACAUUUUCUGUCUUGGCCAGGCUUCAUUUGAAAAAGAGAUGGUUAAAUAAAGGCUCAAAUAAAAUUUUAAAAAUUAAGUUUUGACCGUCUUUUGACUUCCAGAAUCUCUUGAGGAUUUGAUGGCAGGUUUUUGUAUAGUCUUUAAUUUUUAGAUAAUUUGUGGCUGACUAAAAAAAUCUCAGCAUCUGGGAGGCCACGCUUCUCUGAAAAUCUCCUUCAAUACGCAUCCAUGUUACUCGCCUGUGGCCAAUUCAAGUGAGUUGACAAGAGGUCCCUCAGUUGUUCUUGAUUUGUGCCAAUUACUUCAGCUGCACCUGUUCUAACAUGCUGGGUUCGGAAUCAAAUUUACAGCGAAGCUGUUUUUUUCCAUAAAAUGGUCUCAUUUUUUGAGUCUGAGUUGCUGGGUAUUUCUUAUUGGGAAUCAAAUAUAAAUUUAUGGGAUUUGAAAAUUGCUGCAUUCUGUCUUUAUGUGCAGGUAACAGAGAUAGUAGAUUUUUUUGGAAUUGGGGCUGUAAAUAGACUUAAUUUUUGCAUCUCGCAUGUGAACAAAACACACAAGAAAAUCUAACAGAGUGUCUGUGUGAGGACUGAUGAGUUCACAUAUCGAUGAAAUGAGAAGAUAUAACAAUAUUCUUUUCUCUUUUAUUGAUAAUAAUGCAUGAUCUUUUUUAGGUUGUUUUUAUUUCUUAAUUGACAUAAUGUUGGUAAAAAAGCAGGGAAAUUUGAAAUGCAGUGUUGGAAACGGAAAAAUCUUUUUAAUGAGCUACAUGUUGGAUCCAGCUGCUCUGAUUUUUUAUUAUGUUGCAGGUGAUCACAAAACAUGAUUGAGUCUCUUGAGCUACACCAUCUUUCAUAUGUUAAUCAUCAAGUAUAAAAGGCGAUAGUUUUUCCUUCAUUUGUAACAAGCUAAUUUUAUGCGGAUGUCAAUAAAAUCUCUUCAUAUACACUAUCAUAUACUGUACACUGCUUCUGAAAAGAAUUCACAGUGCUUCACUUUUUCCACCUGUCGUUAUGU